UUUCCUUCCCAGUACGUUGAUCAAUCAGAGCUGGAAAAGUAUGAUGGUGUAGACGCUGGAAAGUAUACCAUUGGUUUGGGCCAGGCCAAGAUGGGUUUCUGCACCGAUAGAGAAGAUAUCAACUCUCUUUGCUUGACUGCGGUUCAGAAUCUUAUGGAGAGAAACAACCUUUCCUAUGACUGCAUUGGGCGUCUGGAAGUUGGGACAGAGACCAUCAUCGACAAAUCAAAGUCAGUGAAGACUAAUUUGAUGCAGCUAUUUGAGGAGUCUGGGAAUACCGAUAUAGAAGGAAUAGAUACAACGAAUGCAUGCUAUGGAGGCACGGCUGCUGUCUUCAAUGCCAUUAACUGGAUUGAGUCCAGCUCCUGGGAUGGACGGUAUGCCCUGGUAGUUGCCGGAGAUAUUGCUGUAUAUGCCACAGGAAAUGCUAGGCCAACCGGUGGAGUGGGAGCCGUUGCUUUGCUAAUUGGGCCAAAUGCUCCUUUAAUUUUUGAACGAGGGCUUCGUGGAACCCAUAUGCAGCAUGCUUAUGACUUUUACAAGCCUGAUAUGCUCUCAGAGUAUCCUAUAGUGGAUGGCAAGCUCUCCAUACAAUGCUACCUCAGUGCCUUAGACCGCUGCUAUUAUGUCUACCGCAAAAAGAUCCGGGCCCAAUGGCAGAAGGAGGGAAAUGAUAAAGAUUUCACUUUGAAUGACUUUGGCUUCAUGAUCUUCCACUCACCAUAUUGCAAACUGGUUCAGAAAUCUCUAGCUCGGAUGCUGUUGAAUGACUUUCUGAAUGACCAGAACAGAGAUAAAAAUAGUGUCUAUAGUGGCCUAGAAGCCUUUGGGGAUGUUAAAUUAGAAGAUACUUACUUUGAUAGAGAUGUGGAAAAGGCAUUUAUGAAGGCUAGUUCUGAACUCUUUAAUCAGAAAACAAAGGCAUCUUUGCUUGUAUCAAAUCAAAAUGGAAAUAUGUACACAUCUUCAGUCUAUGGUUCCCUUGCUUCUGUGCUAGCACAGUACUCACCUCAGCAAUUGGCAGGCAAGAGGAUUGGCGUCUUCUCUUAUGGUUCUGGUUUGGCUGCCACCUUGUACUCCCUUAAAGUUACACAAGAUGCUACACCAGGGUCUGCUCUUGAUAAAAUAACAGCAAGUUUAUGUGACCUUAAAUCAAGGCUUGACUCAAGAACUUGUGUGGCACCAGAUGUCUUUGCUGAAACCAUGAAGCUCAGAGAGGACACUCAUCACUUAGUCAACCAUAUUCCCCAGGGUUCAAUCGAUUCACUCUUUGAAGGAACAUGGUACCUGGUUAGAGUGGAUGAAAUGCACCGAAGAACCUAUGCUCGGCGCCCCUCACCAAAUGAUGACACUUUGGAGGAAGGAGUAGCACUUGUGCAUUCAAGCACAGCAACUGAGCAUAUUCCAAGUCCUGCUAAGAAAGUGCCAAGACUCCCUGCAACAGCCGCAGAACCGGAAGCAGCUGUCAUUAGUAAUGGAGAACAUUAAGAUACUUCUGUGAGGUGCAAGACUUCAGUAUGGGUUGGGGUGGAUGGGCUACAGGAACGGUUCGGGGAAUGGAUGUCUGGGGAAAAUUGUAAAGGAUUACAUGUUGCCUAAGUUUUUAUGUAACUGACGUGGAGCCUGGAAAAGGGUCGUGGUCUUUGGAAAGUCUUAGCUAACAUUCUCCUUGCAGUGGUAUAGCCAGUGCUAAAUGUACUCAAAUGAUGUCAAGGGCUCUGUAAAACUUCAUACCUCUCUGGCUAUGUGUAUGCAUGAAGGUUAGCUUUUAAACGUGCUAUAAUGAAUAGUGUGCUUCUGACAGAAGAAAGCAGAGGUAUUAGUCCCCAAUUUUUAAAAAAAAAAUUCUGUUUUGGGUUUUUUGAAACAUGCAAGAAUUUUGUAAUACUUUGAAUAAGUAAGAUUAUUGAAAAUGCCCCUAGCAUGGGGAAAUGUGGUCUUAAAAGGUAGUGUGCACAAGCCCUGCUUAAAUCCUGCUCUUUUUCUAAAACUUGUAGACCUUGAAGGGGAGGCGAAAGAGUUAGGAUGGUAACACUGGUUCUAGAAACGAAAGCUGGUUUCUCUCUAGCCCAGCAGUGACAGAAAGCUAUUGUGAUGACCUCUAGGAGCAGAGUGAUGCUAGAGCAGAGUCUUCUGGGAUAGAAAACAUGGUCCAAAUCAACCCCAGGUGGCCUAGGCCGAAGAACAUCCUGGAGAUCUCAUUGGAGCUGUACCUGAGGAAGUGUUUGUGGUUGCAUCCUUCUUUGGUCCUUAUUUUGAAGGACAACUGGAAACCUUUUUCUGGAUACCUUUUUUUUUUUUAAUGUAAAGCAAAAAGGUGUAGGCGUAGGGCAUUCUUAGUGACUUCCGAUGCUUCAGUGUUAUAAAUCCAACUUAAAGACUAACAACCCAAAGUCAUGGUGGUGUAAGUGCUCUUUCUUUUCUUCCUGUCUAUAUGUGGCCGGUGAAAAUAAGGUACAGCCCACAUUUUUACACCGUCUGCUGAGCCCAAAAGUGUAGCUACUUCAAAGUCUAGAAGUAGAAUUUAUCGAGCAUUUUCUCAGAUUUUCACCUUCAGAAAAAAGACCAAAAACCCAAACUAUCAUGAGAUGGAUAAGAACACUAAUUAGACAGUUUUGCAGAUCUUUUUGGUGCUGAACAUGACAUGAGCCUUAUAGAUUGUACAAAUAGGGGUAGUUGGAAUUAAUGUACAGAACUAAAUUUUAAACUUUAUCUGCUGUUAAAUUCUGUGAAGUUUCAGUUAUCAAAAAGUAAUUUACAUGAAUAUGAAAUGUAAUGUUUCAAAUUGCAAGGUAAUGUAGUGUUUGUAAAAUACUCUUGUCUAAUAUUAUCCAGUAGUAUCUUGAUUUGUACAGUCACACUUUGUUAAAAUGACUUCGUUUUAACACCCACUGAUAUGGAUUAAUAAUGUAAGUUCAGAUUUAAAAUUGAUGGGAACCAGUGCAUGUAAUACUUUUGCAAGUAUUGGGAGUUCGGUAUGGUUUGAAGAGUAAUUUAACUGUUAGAUGCCAGGAAAUGAGUUUUCUCAAAAUCCAUUGCCAGCAAUGGGCAGGCCUGUACCUGGCACAGAACAUUAACUGUACACCUUAUUAACAGAGAGGUGAAUAGCUUUGAAAUAAAGUUUUAAAGAAAUA